ACACCAUGGAAUACUAUGCAGCCAUAAAAGAAGAACAAGAUUGUUUGCAGGGCAUGGAUGGAGCUGGAGGCCAUAUCCUUAGCAAAUUAAGAGUGACUCUAAGAAUGGCUCGUGGAUCUUUACCCUGGCUGUGCUUCUAAGCAGCUGCUUUGUCUACAACAGCAUGAGCACCAUCAACCACCAGGCUCUGGAACAGCUGCACUAUGUAAUUGAACUAACAGAGUUAAUCAGGGCAAAAUCCUGCCCCAGGACUGAUGAAGUUGAGGCCAGUGAGUUUGUGAGUUUCUUUCCAGACUUUAUUUGGGCUGUUCGAGAUUUUACCCUGGAGCUGAAGUUAGAUGGACACCCCAUCACAGAAGAUGAGUACCUGGAGAAUGCCUUGAAGCUGAUUCCAGGCAAGAAUCCCCAAAUCCAAAAUUCUAACAAGCCCAGGGAGUGGAUCAGGCAUUUCUUUCCAAAACGGAAGUGCUUUGUCUUUGACCAGCCAACAAAUGACAAAAAGCUCUUACUCCAUGUUGAAGAAGUACCAGAAGACCAACUGGAUAGUGAUUUCCAGGUGCAAUCAGAAAACUUCUGUUCUUAUAUCCUCACGCAUGCAAAGACCGAGACCCUGAGAGAGGGAAUCCUUGUCACUGGAAACCGGCUGGGGAUGCUGGUGGAGACCUACCUGGAUGCCGUCAACAGUGGAGUGGUUCCUUGUUUGGAGAAUGCAGUGACAACUCUGGCCCAGCGAGAAAACUCAGCAGCUGUGCAGAGGGCAGCUGAACAUUAGCAGAUGACCCAGCAAGUGAGGUUCCCCAUAGACACACUCCAGGAGCUGCUGGAUGUGCAUGCGGCCUGUGGGAGGGAAGCCAUUGCAGUCUUCAUGGAGCACUCCUUCAAGGAUAAAAACCAGGAAUUUCAGAAGAAGCUCGUGGACUCCACAGAGAGAAAAAAGGAAGACUUUGUGUUGCAGAAUGAAGAGGCAUCUGCCAAAUAUUGCCAGGCUGAGCUUAAGCGGCUUUCAGAACACUUGGUGGAAAGUAUUUCAAGAGGAACUUUCUUUGUUCCUGGAGGGCACAAUCUCUACUUAGAAGCAAAGAAGAUUGAACAGGACUAUACACUAGUGCCUGGAAAAGGAGUUAAGGCAAACGAGGUCCUCCAGAGCUUCCUGCAGUCACAGGUGGUUAUAGAGGAAUCCAUCCUGCAGUCAGACAAAGCCCUUACUGCUGGAGAGAAGGCCAUAGCAGCUAAGCAGGCUAAGAAGCAGGCAGCUGAGAAGGAACAGGAGCUGCUAAGACAAAAACAGAAGGAACAGCAGCAAAUGAUGGAGGCUCAAGAGAGAAGCUUCCAGGAAAACAUGGCCCAACUCAAGAAGAAGAUGGAGUGAGAAAGGGAAAACUAUAUGAGAGAGCUGAGAAAGAUGCUGAGUCACAAGCUGAAGGUCCGAGAAGAACCACUUACUGAAAGAUUUAAAGAGAUAUUUGAGUUGUUAAAUGAAGAGAUUAAUCGACUGAAAGAAGAGAUUGAAACAGCUGAAAAUGAAGAGCCCUCAGUGUUUUCACAGAUUCUGGAUGUGGCUGGCAAUAUAUUUAUGGCAGUACUACCUGGGGCUGCUAAGCUGGUUGAUUUAGGGAUGGAAAUUCUUAGCUCAUUUGUGUAAUAGGCUAAGAAUUCCUGCUAAGAAAAUUAUAAAAUAAGGUUUCUUUUGUUAAAAUGGCAUAACACUGUUGCUCCUUUUGAAAGUAUAUGUGUUGUUGCAUUUUCAUUUAAGAAAAGUUUAAAAUUAAAAAGCAAAUUUCAAAGAAUAUGGCCUGAAGUCCAUAAAAACAAACUUAAAUUUGACUGAUUAAUAAUUUAUAGAAAUGGGGGACAAGUUGGAAGAUAAAAUUAUUCCUAGAAAAGAUUUAAGUAAAGCAAAAAGGCAAACAGUAAGAUGAAGAAAUCAUUUUCAAUUUUUAUUAUAGUCAUGGAGAUAAUUUGUUAUAAUUAGCUCUUGUAAAUCAGUGAGAAGAGAGUAACACCACAUAUCUUAAACAGGCAAAAAUGUGAUAAUAAUGCUAAUUUCACUGACAAUAAAAGUUGUGCAAAGAAAAACUAUGAGGUUCUCGCUUCAAUUUUUGAUGCACAAGAAAGAACAGUUUGACAGGGCACUGAGCUGGCAAGGGUUUGGGGAUAUUGUCAGUGUCUCAUAUUUGGUAGUGAGAGUGUGAACUGUUGGAAUCAUAUAUGAGUUGUUUAAGUUCACAUACAUUUGAUCUAGCAUUUCCACAUUUAGAAAUCUAUCAAAGAGAUUGAUUUACUCAAACUGAAAAUGGUGUAUAUAAUAGUAUAUAUGUUGCACCAUUGUCGUAAUGCCAAAAGACUGAAAAAAACAUUAAAGUCCCUCUUUCAAGUACUGAUAAGGAAAAUCUUGGGAAAUUCUUGGAAUACUCUACAGCCACUAAAAUGAAGGGAGAGUCUCUAUUCGAACUAAUAUGAAAAGUCUACAAAAUGCAUUAUAAGUAAAAAAAUGAUUCAGGAACCGUGUAUAAUUACUACCACUGAAUUUAGAAAAUAAUGAGCUUGUGCGUAUAUUAUUAUCUCCUUCUGGAAAAACAGAAAACAAUCUAGUAUACAUGGUCAUAGCAGGAAUGAACUUGAAUAGUUGAGGCAACAAAUGAGAAGAUAACUGAUUUCACAUCAUAUAUUCUUCUGUUCCUCUAUUUUUUAUAAAGAUUUAUUGCAUUAAUGUUAUAUUUAUUGCCCUUGUUGAGUGCUUUAGGUCAACAAUUAUGGAUUUCAUUUGGUUUUUACUACAACCUUGAAGGACAAAUGUUAUUAUCUUCAGUUUGUGGAUAAUAAAAGCAAGAUAGUGAAAUUAAUCUGUUUGU